AUGGCGUCCUCAUCAUCCGCUGCCUCGUCAUCAUCAAAUCCACCACAAACAUCGGAACAGACAGAACUGCAAAAUCCAGCAGAGGUCCUAGAAGAAGCUCAAGCUUGUGUCGCCAGAAAGGACUAUCAAAAGGCUACCGACAAAUUCACGCAACUCAUUGAUGUCGCUCCCCCUACUGCAAACAUGGCAUUGGCUUACAUGUCUAGGAGUCUGUGUUUCUGGGAGUUGAAGGACUAUCAGUCUGCACUAGAUGAUGCCAUGAAGGCUCAUGACUGUGAGGAUAUCAUUACGCCAAAUGAGAUCCUACACGGAGCAUUCAACUCAAAAGCUGCGUCAGCCUUCCAAAUAGCAGCAUGUUGUGGAAAGCUCGGUCGCGGUGCUGCCGUUGUCUCAAAAUACCAAAAGAUCGCCACAGACAUGCUAAAAGUAACCGCAGCAGCAUACGAAAAGGCCAACGCUCUCAAAGAUGAAGGAAACGACUACUUCAAACGUGGAUGGCUAGAACUUGCCCUCGCCAAAUACGAAGAAGGACUCAAACUAGAUCCACUAAAUGUCGCACUCAUGGGCAACAUCUGUCAAGCACUCUUGAAAAUGAAUAGGCUGGAUGAAGCUGCUGAUAUCGCACAUCGGUGUACCGAGACAAGACCUGAAUGGCCGAAAGGAUGGUAUAGGAAGGGAAUGGUGUUGAUGAAGAAGAAACAUUAUAGUGACGCAGUGUCUGCCUUCCAAACCGCAUUAUCGUGUCCAGGUGCAUCUGACGACGAUGCAGGUGUAGAAGAUAUCAAGUCGGCAUACAUGCAGGCUGUAACCAUGGCGCAAAAGACGGAAGCUGCUAGAGGCGGGUUUGAUAAACAGUAUAUGGGGAUUAUGAUGCAGAUGAGAUCCAAGUCUUGGAAUAUUUAUGAAUGGUAUUCAAAGAGUAGGAUGACUGCAGAGAUGUGGAAUUUGAGGGAUUGGAAGGAGAAGUGUGCUGCGAAUUGUCAGAAGGAUGCUAGUUUGACAGAGUUGAUUGAUCGGGCUAUGGCGACAAAGUUUACAAUGAAGAAGGGGUCUUUGCCUAUGGAUGUUUUCAAGUGGAAGGAAGGAUCUGCUCCACCAAGGACAGCCAUGGCAGCCUUCACAAUACCCAUAACACCACUCGUAUCCCUCGUAAUCAUGCACUAUAUAAUAAGUAAAUCCUUUCCAUCCCACAAAUGGUCCAUGGUCUGGACCUUCCAAGCUGAACGCAGCCUCUUCGAAGGAUCCAUGCUCGCACCACAUGUAUCUCACCACAAAACAUACGCCUUCCUCAUAUCCAAAGACUCGAAAAUAAUAAUCGACAUAUUCGGUAUCUGGGCCUACGAUGCAGGCGGCGAGGACGAACCAGAAAAAAAUUGGGUUGACUUGCUGGUUGAAGCUGGUCUCAAAGCUGGUAAACCGAGUGAGAGGGAUAAACAGUCUGAUGAUCCAAAACUGAGGAAUCAGCCAUGGACUUUUUAUACAAGUGAUGAUCGGUCCGAGUUUUUAGAGUUUAUUGAAGCUGGUGCUAAGGUAGAGAGGGCAGAAGCUGAAUGGGUUAAGGUUGAACAGGAUGAAAAGAAGAAGGCUGAGGAUGAACGCAAGAAGAAGGCUGAGGAUGCGAGGGAUGCUAAGAGGAGUGCGGAUUUGAAAAAGAUGGCGGAGGAGGCUAGAGCAGUUAAGGCUGCCAAUGCUGCUGCUAAUGCCAAUAAUAAUAGUGGUGAUGGUAGCGGUGAAAACAAGGAAUCUUCACCAGUCAGUACAUUCCAAGCUCCAUUUGAUGUAUCGACGCUACCGAAAAAGGAAGGACUAUCAACCAACUUUUAUAUACUUGCUGCUAUUGUUGGGGUUGUGCUUGCAAUGCUGGCGUAUUAUAUGGGGCUGGCUUCUCCGACUACGGCAACGCCAAGUAGUGGUGAUGGUACUGCUGCUUGA